AUGCGAUUCCUUCCUAUCACCCUUUUCGGCCUUGCCCUCGCUCCAUUCGCCGCCGCCGAAUUCAAAACAUGGGAUGACGUGGUUGGCGACAUGCCCAAGUGUAUUGACACUUGCAUGGACAAAUUCUACACCAGCGCUGGUCUGGAGGAUGCAUGUGGCAGCUCUGACUCGGCCAGUGUGUCGUGCCUGUGCGGCGUGAAGAACUCUUUCUCCGAGGUCCAGGACGGUGCCGAUGAUCUGAGCUCUUGCAUCUCAAGCACCUGCGACAUGAGCGAACUGAGCCAAGCUUCCUCCAAGCUUUCGGAAUUCACGGAGCGAUUCCAAGAUCUUCAGACCCAGUGCGAGAGCGAAGAAAAUGCCGCUAGCUCCCUGGCUCCCGGACUAAACACCCUCCUUGUUUCGGGUGCCGCGCUCCUUCUUGGUGCUGUUCUGUAA